CGCCCCUGCGCGCCGGUCCAGCCAGCUCGCUCCGGCUCGCUCCGGCCCCGGGGCCGCCCCCUCCCCGCCCCGCCCCCUCCAGCCGGGGGUGCUCUAGAUGCUGCGCGGAGACCCUCUGCACCCCUGCGAACAUGGCGCUGCGAGUGGCGCGGAGCGUGCGGGCCGCGGUCUGCAGCCUGCGCGCCAUCUCUGCGCCCAACGCGCCCUGCCCGCCGCGGCCCUGGGGACUGCGGGCGGGCGCCGUCCGGGCGCUGCGCACCGGUCCCGUUCUGCUGUCGGGUCGUAAAUUCACAGACAAACAUGAAUGGGUAACAACAGAAAACGGUGUUGGAACAGUGGGAAUCAGCAAUUUUGCACAGGAAGCUUUGGGAGAUGUUGUUUACUGUAGUCUGCCUGAAGUUGGGACAAAAUUGAACAAACAAGAGGAAUUUGGUGCUUUGGAAAGUGUGAAAGCUGCUAGUGAACUCUAUUCUCCUCUAUCAGGAGAAGUAACUGAAAUUAAUGAAGCUCUAGCAGAAAAUCCAGGACUUGUCAACAAAUCUUGUUAUGAAGAUGGUUGGCUGAUCAAGAUGACACUCAGUAACCCUUCAGAACUAGAUGAACUAAUGAGUGAAGAAGCAUAUGAGAAAUACAUAAAAUCUAUUGAGGAGUGAAAAUGGAACCCUUAAAUAAACUAGUUUGAAACAACUUAAUCUAGUAUAGUUGUCUUAAAUUAGUGGUGGAUAGAUUUUUAAAAAGCAACUUUUAGCAAAAGAAACUACUUUCAACAAUGUUGCCUGAAGAAAAUACCCCUUAACUUCCUAAUGAUUUCACAUAAACACUAUGCAUCUUUUUCACAACAGCCUGUGAUUUUUAGGCUAGUCUCCAGUUAUAAUACUCAGAAUUCCUGAAAUUAUCUGUGGUAAAACUAGUUAUAAAAAUUAUGUAAUUCAAGGAUAACAUUGUUAUCUUAACCUUACAUAAUAUUGUAACUUGCUUACAGCCAUCCCUGGAUUUGGGUCAAAAUACUCAAUGAACUUGCCAUUGGAAAUAAAUGACAGUGGAGAAAAGUUUGUUAGUUGUAUAGUGUCCAGUGAAGAACAUUACUAUCUUAAUUUUGCAAUAUACUGUGUUUGCUGGUGCUAUUUUUAUACAGUGAAGCAACAGCCUUGCAGGAAAAUAAGAAACAGUUUAAUAAUAAAAUAUUCAACUUCUUAAUUAAUCGUGUUUUUUGUUUCGCUGUUAAUAUUUCAUUUAGUGACUCCACUAGUAUUUGUAAAGAUGCUAAUUUUAACUUACGGAAAGUUAUUUUUUUAAAAGGAAUUUUAAGCCCUAGUGAUGAAAGAUUGGUUCCAAGAAAAUGUUUCCUUUUAGUCACAAAUCUUGCUUUUCUUAAGCAAAGAUCUAAUUGCCUGAUAGCAUCAAGUACUAUUUUUUGGUCAUUUUUAACAUAAAAGAAAUCAUUGACUUUGUUUUUCUAUCAUGCCAAUUAGAAGAGAGGAGUAAAAACAAGGAAAGGUGAAAUUUUGAUCAGCAUAGCACAUGACAUCCUUAAGAAAGUUAAACCACAUUCACAUAAGGUUUCUACUUAAGUAAUGGGGACAGAAGUGGACACAGUGGCCAACAUAGCAUACUUUCUAAUUAAGCCAAUGGUAGUACUGUAGUAUGCUGAUAUUUGGGGCAGGGGAGAGAACAUACGUAAGUAUAUACACACACACAGAUAUAUAUACUUAUACACACACACAGCAAGAACAAACUUCUACCAUUUUCCCAGUUACUAGAGGAAAAGGGAAGUAUGUAGACACUACUAUCUUCUGGUAAAUAAAGAGCAAAUAAAGAACAUAGAGUACGUAGGUAGGUAAGUAACAUACAAGUCUUUCUUGUUCCUCUGCAGAAAGAAUGCAUUCUUUCCAGGACUGUGCCAGUGGCCAUAUCACUGCUGAGCUGUGUCUGUUAUUAAUCAGGUUAAUUAAUUUGACUGUCUGCUUUGGA